AUGAGUGGUGAAGGCAAAGUUCUCUCAAAGCCUGGCGGCCACCAGCUGGAUCACAUUGGUCUCGCGGUGAACGACCUGGAUAAAGGUGUAGCGCGAGUAGCUGAACUCACCGGUGUGCAGCCCAUCGUGCACCCACCGGAGCCGAACGCGCCUUACCAGAGCGCCAGCUUGAAGAUCGGAGAGAAGUCAUUCUUGGAAAUCCUGGGUCCGAACCCGGCGCAUGGCGGCAUCCAUCCAUUAAAGUCCCUCCUGCGAAGCAUGCCUCCAGAUGAGCUGACUCUUUGGUUCUGGUAUGUUGGUACAGACGACUUCGAGAAGUUCGAGUCGAAAGUCGUUGCUGGGGGGCGAUGCAUCGAAAAUAAGGUCAUCCAGGAUGAGCCCGGCACGAACGACGAGCACUCCACCUACGUGCGUGGGCAGAUUGGUCCCGGCUUUGACCCGGUCUUCCCGAAUGCCAUCCAGUGGAAGACUCCGCCGAGGACUGAACUGGACACAGGGAUGCAGAUGUGUCCUCUGAAAGAAUUUCACGUCACAGCCAGUGCCCAAGACGUCGUCGGUACAUUCUUCAACACCACAGGCAUAGACACUUCUAUCCUCAAGCAGAGUGAGGAUGGUAAGUCUUACCUGUCGCUCACAAUUUCAACACCAAAGGGCGAUGUGCAGUUCAGGAGUGAAGCCAAGCAAGUGACGAUGUUAGGAGUGCUUUACACAUGCUUGAUGGAUGUGUUUCGUGGGGCUGCAUGCUGCACUGCGUAG